AACUUCGAAAUCCGCAUGCGAGAAGGCAUCUGUAAACUACUUGCAGUGAGCACGCAAAAAGACCAACUCUUGCAAGCGGUUAAAAACCUGAUGGUUUGCAAUGCUCGUAUACUUGCGUACAGGACAGAGCUACAGAACCAAAAAGAAGAGCUGAUCUCCUGCAGAACUGAAGAACGGUCUCCAGAAAAUGGGACAAAAGCCCGGGUGGCAUGCAGAGCGAAGGUUGCUAUAUCAGAUAUUCGAAUACCAUUAAUGUGGAAAGGCUCUGAUCACUUCAGCAAUAAAGAAAAAUCACAGCGCUAUGCAGUUUUUUGUUUGUUCAGAAUGGGAGCUGAGGUUUUUGAUACAGAGGUGGCUAUUGUGGAUAAAGCAAUAACAGAUAUCUGUUUUGAAAAUGUAACCAUAUUUGAUGAAGCAAGACCAGAUUUCCAGGUGAAGGUUGAAGUGUAUAGUUGCUGUACAGAGGAGUCUUUAUAUGUAACAAACACUCCUAAGAAACUAGCAAAGAAGCUUAAAACGUCCCUCAGCAAAGCUACAGGGAAGAAACUCAAAGCUGCACUGGAAGAAGACAGCACUGAAUCCCUUUUGCCUGCUGACCUGGUCAUCCAUGGAGCAAAGUACAGUUUGCUAGCAUAUACCACUUUGGGGCUGGAGAGUGCUGAGGACAAUUUCAGGACCCACAACCUUACCAUUACAGGAAAUGAGGAAUCCUCUUUUUGGCUCCCCCUGUAUGGAAACAUGUGUUGCCGUUUAGUUGCUCAGCCAUCCUGCAUGGCUAGGGAUAUGAUGGCAGGAUUUCUUAAUCAGCAGCAAAUGAUAGGAAGUCUAACUAGCUGGAGGAGGCUGUAUUGCAUACUAAGAGGUGGCAAGCUCUUUUGUUAUUACUCGCCAGAAGAAAUUGAGGCUAAACUGGAGCCAGCAUUGACAGUUUCCAUCCACAAGGAAACCAGAAUUCGAGCUGUGGAUAAGGACUCCAAGAGAAGAACUAAUAACUUCUCUGUUAUCAACCCCGUGUCUGGAGAGGCUGUGACGCAACUUUUUGCUACUGACAGUAGGGACGAACUUCAUAAGUGGAUGGAGGCUUUCUGGCAGCACUUUUAUGAUCUGAGCCAGUGGAAACAUUGUUGUGAAGAACUUAUGAAAAUUGAGAUUAUGUCACCACGGAAACCACCUUUGUUCUUGACAAAAGAAGCGACCUCCGUCUACCAUGAUAUGAGCAUUGAUUCUCCAGUGAGACAUGAGGGCUUAGCUGAUAUCAUACAAAGAAAAAUCGAAGAGAGUGAUGGUGAGUUCCUGCUUGGCCAGCAAAAAGAGUCUGCGUCUUCCCUAUGGGCUUCACUCUUUGAUGGAUCUCAUGAGAUGGUUGUUCAGAAAAACAUGCAUCUGGGCCCAAAAAGAGAUACUACACGUCCUAAUGAUAGCAGAGGAAAGAAAAGAAGAGCUCCACCUCCACCCUCUGAUAAGUCACCAUACAGUGCAAAAGCACAGGUGAACACAGAGCAAUUGGGCAAGGAAAACUGGGAGAAGUGUGACCACACAUCUGCUAGUAGUUCUUCCUUUGAUUCAAAGUUAUCUAUGAAAAUGCAGCAGUUGCAGACACCCAUUGCUGCUCCUCGCAAAAUUGGUCCUUGUAGAAAAAGCAGUUUAGCUGGCCAUGGGAAUCCCAUUUCAUUGGUUAACAAGACCGAGUCUGAAACCAAACCGGUACCAACCCCUAGACAGAAAUGCAUCACAGAAAUGCUAGACCCUAGAUCAUGCAGCCACAGACAUCAUGAUUAGCUUAGAA